GCCUCCUGAGCGGUGACUCAUGUCGGCAUGUUGGGUGUUGGUGGAGGUUUCCUGACCCUUUGGUGUGGACAGAAGCCAGAGGGUGAAGGAGGAGAUCGAGUGAACAAAGCGUAAGAAGGAUCCUGAGCAGUCAUGUACACCAGACAUGUUACCAGGAGAGCACUUAUCUGUGGAUGGGGAGGAGCAAAAAACAAGCCAGAUUAAAGGUAGCACGUCUCUAAAAUCAGCCCAGGAAAUCCUUUCAGUGGGUGACCCUGUUAGCAGAGGAAAUACCAUCACCACUGAUCUUAUCAGCUCUCAGCCUCUGCCUGCUGUUUCUCCACCAGCAGAGGCCUCGCAGGAGGCAGCAGCAUUUAAGAAACGUACAUAUGACCACCAGCAGAAGCCCGAGUGUCCACGGUGUGGCCUCACAGCUCCAGAUGACAGACUGCCGGGCUCCAGGUUGUCAGUGCACAGCGGCAGCAGGAGCAGUAAAAGGAGAAAGGAGACAGGUGCUGAAAACACGUGCUUUCACCUGCUGCUGGCGUGCCUGUGGUGCCACUGCUCCGUGCUGCUCCUGGGUCUCCUGGAGGCUUGCUCAUCAUGCCUUCACGCCCUCUGCUCCUCCUGCUGCCACGCGUGCACCCGCUGCUGUUCAGCCAUUCAGGAGGUUCCCAUGGAGGAGCUCACCUGCCACGCCCACUGCCACUCCGUCUUGUUCAAGUCGUGCUGCGAGCCAACCGAGUGUCUCGAAUUUUGUCUGGAGUGUUGCGAAAUCUGCCAUCGCAGCUAG